CCCCUUCCCAGCUGCAGGCUAUUGUCAGCAUCGCUGCCUGCACGCGAGGCACCCGGGCAAGGUGUACGGAGGCAAUCCAUGCCAAGACAUGGGGCAUCGGAAGGAGCACGGGUAAGCCCACGGAUGGGAGCUCUGCUCCGGCUCCCGGAGCUCCCGGGAGAGGUUUCAUUGUGUUAUCCUGGGUCAGCAGAGCAGAAGGGCUCUGUCCCUGCGGCACCUGCAUGUGGGGCUGGGGCUGGGGAGGCACCGCGUGUCGCUGGGCAGACCUCGGCCCCUCAGGAGCCUGCUGCAGCCUGGAGCCCCAGCAAAGUGCCCUGCGGGGAGGGCUGCUCUGUCCCCAGGGGCUUCUGCACCCGGUCGGUGUCCCCUCCUGCAGGGUGGGAGGAAAAGCAGCAGCAGCACCUCACGAACACGGGUGCUGCGGGGCAGAGGGAGGUGUCGGGUCUGUCUCUGUAGAAGCUGUCUCAGGCGGUUUCUAGGAGCUGGGACUCCUAACAUGGGCACUGCCUCUUGCCCUGUCCUUCCCCUCUGGGCUUGGGCUUCCCCCCCUACCCAUUAUCAGCACAGGGGCCAGCACUGAGUGAGGCUCUGUGGCUGCAGAAAGCUGGCACGGCAGGAGAAUUCCUGAGGACCUCAAGAGCAGCACUUGCCCUUGCAGUGGGGUGAGGAUGCUCCCUCCCUCUCCCCCUUUCCCUUGUUUCCACCAAGUCUGAAUUCUUUCCUUCCCAACCUGAAUCACAGCGAAGUGCCGGAGCCAGGUCCAUGCUGGUUGUCUUUCCCUUCAGGCAUAGCUUUGCACCUCUAGCAUCACUCUAACCAUCUUCUCUCCAGGAUUGCCACCUCUCCUAUGGACGGUGCUGGAGGUAGUCCCCAGCCUCACAUGUCUGUCUCUAUCCUGACAGUGGUACGCUUGAUCUGUCAGGCCGUGGAGAAACCCUUCUCUGGUGGCAGCAUUGCUGCUUGUGCCACGAUCCUUCAGGGUUGUGAUGGAAACUUUCUACCUGCUGGUGCUCCUCAAGCUUCUGCUCUUAGCCUUUGCCAGGGAGAUUCCGGGUUUGCGUUUCCACUGGUUAGAUUUCCUUCCUUCUUGGGUUCAGAUAGGACCAAUGGAGCUGUGACUUAUCCUCCAGGCAGUCUGUUACCAGCAGUUUCUUUUGCCUCUUCUCUUGCCUUGUACUCUGCUUUUACCAAGGGUGAUUAUUUGCCCUCUUGUAGUGACAGCCCUUCUCUUUGCCAGCUGCGUGCUUCCUGCUUCACCCCCAGUGAGGCUGCGAAGGUCUCCUUAGCACUUCCCUGGAGAAGAAGCAGGAGCGAGGAAGACAGCAAAAGCUGGAUAGUUUGGGGUUGGUUUGGGUUGGUUGGUUUUUUUGCAGUCUAAAUGGUGCGAGGACCUCUCUCAGCCCUGCCAGCCCUGGGGCACGGCACUCUGCCCCAGGCAGCAAUGCCCAGACCAAAGCCUCUUAUCCACCGGCCAUGUGUCCCCUUGACUGCAGUGCUGCUUUGGGAAGCCAUCUGGAUCCCCACUGCGUGAGCGUAGCCCCUUUGGGCACAGCUCUUGCUCUUCUCCUUGCACCAGUGCCGUGCUGCCACCCCUGCCAGGACCCCCUUUCCAAGGGCUCUGCUGGUCCUGCCCCACGACAGAUGUCUCUCUGGCUGGCAGAGCUGCCCCCGCACCCAUCCCGCUUCCUUUCUGGCUGGUAUAGUACAGUUAAAACAGCAACAGAUCCUUUUGCAGGCUGCAGCCCAGCAUGUGGUACAGCUGCUGCAUCGCCCAGCCAGGGACCCUUCCUCACCCGCCAUCGUGCUCUGUUGCCACCAGACUGAGACCACGGUCUGUUAAUUCUGGGUUCCCCCUGGAUGUGCUAGUAGGAAUGAAACCAUCAGGCACCAAAGCUGCAGUGCUGGUGGAUUAUGACCGCAGGGGAGCUGUGUUGCAUCUGCAAAUCUGUCAUACAUCAAGGGCACAUCUGAGCAGAGCCCCUGUGAAAACUGAAGAGCUGGAGAGAACGCUGCAGAGGUUCGGAGGCACACCGUGAUGGUGGGAGCCAUUCCACGGCAGCCACGCCGCUUCUGGGGGGUGCCUGGCUGGCAAGUGUCUUCAGCUAGUUGUGCCAACGACCGCCCACUGCGGGACAAGGAAGUUAAUCCAGAGCAAAAAGGGGUUCUGCUGCAGAGGGAUGCUGUGCUGCAGUGCACCCCAUAGCGGAGUGCUCACCCGUACGUCCUAAGCGAGCUGGGGUCCAGCUCCCCCCCUACCCUCACACCCUGUCCUGUGGCACUUUACGGUCCUGCUCCUGCUGCUGCAUGGGCUGUUCUGACUCUGGCUCCACUCGGAGUCCAGGCAAGUAAGGCUCCAUGCGGCACAUCCACACAGAGACGUCCCUGCCCCCGGAGCGCGGCACGGACCCCAGCCUGACCCAGCCCAGUGGAGAGGCACCCUUGGAACCUUCCUCACAGCACUGCACCCACCGCGGCAUCCUCAUGGGCUACAACGAGACAGAGAUCACGCGCCAGAAAGUUUACCAGGUGUCCAUCUUCUCCCAUCUGUCCAGCUCCUCUGAGAGCACGGAGCAGCGGGCAGGCAGCCGUCCGGCUGUCAAGAGGGGUUACCCCGAGCAGCGAACUCCAGAGGUGGGGAGAGAUCCCAAACGAACUCAUUGGGGUGGCGGGGGGGUGGACAGCAAGCGUGAUGGAGGCCCUGAGCAGGCUUCCCUGGAUGAUGACGAUACUUUUGAGGAUGGUCUGCUGGUGGAGGAGCUAUCCCUGUGCGGAUCCGCCCAGCACUUCUCCCACAGCGGGCUGCGGGUGGUGGAGCACCGGUGCGACAGCAGCCCUAGCCACAGCCCCAAGGCCAGCAGAGAGAACAAGUCGCAGGAUGUCGUCUCCUCCUCCUCCUCCUCCUCCUCCUCCUCCUCCUCCUCCUCGUUCUUCUCCUCCUCCUGGCCCCAGCACAUUGCUUGCAGUACUUUGCACAAAAGAGAUAGUUGCCGUGUCUCAUCGGGGGAUCAGCCCACAGAUUGUGGGGAGAAUGAGGAGCAGGCAAGUGGCCACAACUUAGUUCACGUUGAUUUGCACAAUAUCGCACAAGCAGCCUGCUUGGACUCUGAUGGGAAGAGAGAGAAGCCAGGGAGCAGCCCAGCUCACAGCAGCAGGGCUAGCAGAGAAGAGGAAUGGCCAGUGGUGGCCAACAGGUGCAAGGAACCCUCAGCUCCUCAGACAACGCUCAGCCCUGAGUCUAGCAAUCUGAGCUCCCUGGAGAAGACUCCCUGUGGCAGCAGCCAGCGCAGCAGCAGCAGCUGCCCGGUCAAAAGGAAACUGCUGCGUGCUGGUGAGGCUGUGGCCGAAUCCUGCUCUGAGGACGAGAGCCUGUCCCCUCCGGCAAGGAGGAAGAGGACCCUGCUAAGCCAUCUGGUGCCCACGGCCUGCCGCAGCACCGAUGCCAAGGGAGCCCCGUUCUGGAAUCACCUGCUUCCCACCGCCAAGAGCUCUGAGAGUUGCGCUACAUUUGGGAGGAGGCUGAAGAGCGGGAUGCACCUCAAAUGGCAACAUCUCCGAAGCAGCUUCCGGAGGGGUACCAGGUCCUCCACAACAUCCUGGGCCACUACCACUGUCAGCCAUGCUCUGCUGGGCAACUUUGAGGAGUCCAUCCUGAAAGGGCGCUUUGCACCGUCGGGGAGGAUUGAGGGGUUCAUGGCAGAGAUUGGUGCCAGUGGCUCCUACUGUCCCCAGCACGUCACCCUGCCCGUUGACGUCACCUACUUUGACAUCUCUGAACACAGCGUGCCCUCGCCUUUCCUGGGAGUGAUUGACUUGGAGACCUUGGGAAAGAAGGGUUACAGUGUCCCCAAAACUGGAACCAUCCAAGUGACCUUAUUUAACCCCAACAAGACUGUGGUGAAGAUGUUCUUGGUGACGUACGACUUCCAGGACAUGCCAGCCAACCAUCUGACUUUCCUACGCCACCGCAUCUUCCUGGUGCCUGUUGGGGAGGGGAAAGGGGCCACCAUGGCCCCCAGCAGCGCAGUGGGCACUGGCCCGCCCCGCAGGGUCCUCUGCUACCUGAUGCACCUAAGGUUUCACAGCUCCAAGUCGGGGAAGAUCUACCUUCACGGUGACAUCCGGCUGCUUUUCUCCCGCAAGUCGAUCGAGGUCGACUCGGGGAUCCCCUACGAACUGAAAUCCUUCACGGAGAUGCCGAGGAACCCCUCCUACUCACCUCGGGCCUGACCUUCUCCAUCCUCCAACGCCACCCACGAGCCUCCAGCCCAGCACUUUGGGGAAGAAAUGAGUAAAGGGCCAGCAAGCAACCACCGCCUCAAAGUAUCGCACUCCCCACGUGCCCUGGUCCUCCUGAACAGCACGGAUGCCGUGCCCGUGCCCUGUGGCAGGGCUGGGAUCACGGAUGGGGAUUCAUCAGGAGGGGCAGGGACUGGGGAGCAGCUUAGAGACUUGGCUGGAGCUGGGGUGGGGGGAAUGAAGAGUUGGGGGGGGGGGAGGGCUCCAGGUGAUGCUGCCCACGCUGGUCCAGGGGUUGGGAGCAAAAAGCGUGGGAAGAGUUUGUAUUUAUUUGUAUUUAUUGUUGCUGGGAGCACUGAGGAGUCUUGUGCAGAGGACAGGAGGUGCUGUGCUGUUUUCCCCUCCCCCCCCCCCCUCCACCCUCACCGUCCUGCAUGACGCCCCUGGUAGCACAGGGCUUGCCCGCACCAGGGCAGGGCAGUGGGGACUGUGAGGGUGACUGGGGAGGGACAGGAACACCUGGGGCUGUGGACUCUGCCAGGCUGGGGGUGCGUUACAAGCCCUCGGAGAGGCUGAGACUUGCUGGGCAGCAGCUCCCUGGGGCCAGCCCCCACUUCAGGCAGCUUGAGGGCAAGCCUGGUGGGGAAGUAGCCAUUACCAGAGCUGUCAUAUGUCUGGGGUCCUGGGCCUCUCUGCAGGAGCAUGGGGACAGCCCUCCCUGCAAGAGUCGCCCCCAGCCUGCGGGUGCCGUGGCUCCCAGAGAAAGGGGCGAUUGCCUGGCGCCCCCCCAGGAGCUGGAGGGGGGGUGAGCGCUGGCAGAGCCCCGGGGAGGGGUGGCAGCAGCACAGGCCCUUGCACGGGUGUCGGGCUGGGCCUUCACAAGGGGAUUUGGGGGUGAUGUGGAGAGGCACCACUCCCCCCACCACCCACCGGGGUCAACUCACCGCGUCCUAACGGGGCCGGGUGAGGCCGUACCGGUACUUUUCGUGUUUUGUUUCUAAUUUAAAUAAAUACCUGUUUG